GACUUGUGAUUUAUUUCCACACAUAUUCAUGGGUUUUAACUAAAAAAAAAAAAAAAAACUAAAAAAAAUUUAACUUUUUUUUUUUUUUUAACUUUUAUCCUCAAAUCAAGAAAAAAAAUAAUACUGUUACAUUCAAGCAUCAUGUUUGGAUGUCACUGACUUAUGGAUCUUUGACUCACUCUGAAAAGAAAAAAAAAAUUUGUUGUUUGUAAAAUCUUAAUAAAGUUGUAAGAAUUAAGUUGUAAUGACACUCAAAUCCAUCAUGAGAAUAGAGUCAUAUUUUUUUAAUGUAUUUUUUUAAAAAUAUUAUUCAUUCCCUCGUUCAAGUUGUUUAGUCCUCAGAUUGAUCAAUAUCAAUCUGAGGACUAAACAACUUGAACGAGGGAAUCUUUUUUCCAUAAUGUUUUAACUUUAUUCUAAUGAAAUUGCAUGGUGUUUCUCAUAACAUGAUGAGAGUUUUUGGAAUAUUACAAUCAUAUAUAUAUAUUUUAAUUCAUUCUAAUAAUAUGAUUUUAUUCUUAUAUUUCAACAUUUGUUUCAUAAUGUGACUUUAGUCUUUAAAAAUUACAAUUUAUCUCAUAUUCUGCCUUCAUUCUCAUAAUUCUACUUUUUUUUUGCAUGUUUUUACUUUAUUCUUGUAAAUGUACCUUUUUUUCUCACAAUAUUAUGACUUUAGUGUUACUUUAGAAUUACAACUUUUUGUUGUGAUAUUAUAAUUUUAUUCUCACAAUAUUUUGGCCUUUUUUUCUUGUAUUAUUCUUACUUUAUUCUCAAAAUAUGUAAAACAGUACAGUCCAGUAGAGUAUAUAUAUCUAUAUAUAUCUAUAUAUAUAUAGAUAUAGAUAGAUAGAUAGAUAGAUAGAUAGAUAGAUAGAUAGAUAGAUAGAUAGAUAGAUAGAUAGAUAGAUAUAUAGAUAUAGACAGAAAGGUCUAGUAUCUGUCUGUCCAUUAUUACAACAAAUAAUAUCCAUCAUCAUUUUCUAGCUACUCUAUACUAAUGGGAAAAAAAAGAAAUGUUAUGUUGUUCCUGCAAUAAAUGAGGAAACGCAAAUGGUGACUCCUCUUAAUGUUUCCUCCUGCAAACACAAUCACAUGUCCACAUGUAAGCCGCACUUCUACACACUGGAGGUCUGCCUCCUACUUUUCCAAUUGGAACAUCCCUGCUGAUUGACAACCUCUCCUUUAUGGAUGAGACUCAAUUCAGCAUGGAAGACACAUUUUGUAUUGCUGGGUCACUAUUUGGAUCUGCAGGACAACAAGAAUGUGGAUCUUGUUAUCUCAUCAGUAUGCAGUCCGUCAUAGGCAUUAUUGCCUCUGACCUCCUGUUGACUGUCUUCAUCGCUGUUUCUCUCUUCUACUUGCUGACCGUCCACAAGAAAAGGACAGAGCAAGCUGCAAAAAUACAUGUACGAGAACCAGAAGAAAUAACAGAAUCUCCCUAUCAGGAGUUACAUGGAAUCCAGUCAGAUGUGUAUAGUGAACUUCAACACCUCAGGAAAUAAAACCAGGUCUCGUCUCCAAACUGGCCUGGUCCACCGUUUCUCUGCUCGGGGCCAACGAGCGCAACCCUUCAGCAGAUGCUUUCCUCUGGAGACUGCUGCCUUGGACGGACGCUAUGCUUGACAUGUUGACACCGUCAGUAAUGUCCGUCUCACUGUGAAGAUCAGCGUGUUCUCCACUUUGUUGAUCUUGAGCUCGUCUGCUGCUCGUACGCACUGCUCCCGUUUGCCUGCGAGGCGGAGCUUUAGCGUUCUCCUUUGUUUGAGGCAUCUCAUCGCUGUCAAGGUCUUUGAAAGCAUCGACAAAAUGUUCAGUUAUCUAUUAAUUGCAAUUAUUGCAAUAUUGUUAAUUGAAGUUCCUCGUUAAAGAUUAACCGGCAGUUUUGCAAAUUACCCAUUACAAUUCCGCUUUUACUUCCCAUAAAUUCCUAUUUAUUCCCAUGUUUUUUUACUUAAAUAAGUGAAAUUAUAAAGCAUCGUAUACGCUGUAUAACUAUCGGCUUAUUUUUAAAAAUCUACCUUUUCUUUCCCCUCCAAGGUUUGCAUCAGGUUCCGCAAUAUUAGGAUUAUUAUUAGUAAUUUGAUCUGAAGUCCAUAUAUGACAUCAUUUUCAUGUAUUAAAAAAAUGUUAGCACAUACCUGCAAGUGUGUCUUGAUUGGCACUCUCAAAAGACUGAUCCUCUGAAAGAUCUGUGAAAGAAUAUUAAAAACAAUGAAUGGAUUAACUGAGCCAAUUAUACUUACAUUUGUAUUCUCUUAAUAUUCAUCUGUAAGCAGUAGAAACAUAUUUUGUUAACUACCUUGUGAAUCAUGUUCUUUCUUUGGUUCGCUGGGAGGAUUUUUGUGUGCUACAACAGAAAACAAAUUAUUUACCCAUAAUUUUAAAAUUCAUGUCACAUCAUAUCUAAAGUGUUUGACAAACAAGCAAAAGCGUGAAAAAUUGUGUUCUGAUUUUGCUUCCACUCGAUCUGUGUGAGACAAAUCUUAAUACAUACAGUACAUUCUUUUGGCCUUACUAUCACUUGUAACUGACUAUUAUUUGAGUGUAUAUGUGGAUUAAGUGUUGGAGUCAGAGACCUGUCAUAAUUGCAGAUAUGGUCUUUCCCGCGGUGGUGCCGAGGGCCUCUACAACAACAGCGAUGAACCAUUGAAGUUUUGUGUUAAUUAUGGUCAAGGGGUUCACAGUAAU